CAAAUCCCCAAAAACAGGCACAAAUUAGAGAAAAUCUCAUAGUUUUCUAUGUCGUCGAUGGUCGAUUCUCGCAACCACUUCCAUUGUCCGGUCAAUCAAAAUUCUCUUUGAGGAUCUUCCAAACAUGCGGCGGAUCUUAAUAAAGUCGAACCCAACUCUAAUUUUUUGCCUAUUUAGCGAACUCAGGCCGUGGGUGUUGGUUCUGAUUGCGAUUAAUCGUCGAAUAGGAAGUGAGCGAACUGAAAAAAUGUGCCGAUUGAUUAGUAGCUAAUUUGCGAAAAGUGCAUUAUUCGUCAACAAACGCCGUGCUUUGUUUAUGGGACUGAGAAUCAAGUGCCGCAAGUACAUGGUGACGCUUCAGUGGAUUUUUUCUUGCACUAUGAUCGCCGUUGGUCUCAUUUUUGUGCUGGCGCUGGCAACGUUGGGAAAUUGCCAAAACGAACAAUUAACCCUGGAAGAGUGUUUCGACAAAUACGAACGCGGCAUCUAUCCGCAUCCAGACGACUGCACCAAAUUCCUCUCAUGCGCCACCACUGAUCCUCUCGACUGUCCAGCCGGGCUGCACUUUAACCCCGGCGAGUUCGUCUGUGAUUGGCCAGCGAAUGCUGGCUGCAUGAAAGUGACCACGCCCACUCCCGAUCAAACUGACAGCCCCACUCCGGAGUCACUGGCAUCUGAACCCGAAGCUCAGAAGACUGCGACGUCUGAAUCUCCUGAUCAGUCGCCAACGACUCCCACUCCCCAAUUAUCAACUAGUGAAGAAGCAGAGCCAAAGGGCGCGACCACGGAAGAACCUUCUGAG